GGUCCGAGUAUAUAAACCGAGCACCUGUCCGCGUCCACACCUGGCAGCCGCGGCAAUGGUUUCCCCGCCAACGGAAGCUGCGGCGUUCAGCAAAGGCGUUGACAGAGAAGGUGACGUCGGCACCGAGAGGGAAAGAACGGACAGACACGCCAAGUACCCAAAUAAGAACAAGCGAUCCAUCCUGCACAGCCGCUUCCACAUCAAGCUGAUCGCCACCUACCUGACGCCCAUACUGCUGCUGCCACUCUUCGUCUUCCACAACACCCCGAAGACCCGCUGCGCGUACGUGAUGGUGCUGGUGUUCAUCAACUGGGUGACGAGGACUCUGCCGCUGGGCGUGACGGCUCUCAUGCCUCUGCUCUACCUUCCCGCGCUGCGCAUAAUCAGCUACGACAAGGUCGUCGGCAUCUACAUGAACAACACGGUUCUCCUGACGUUGGCGGCCAUCAUGAUGUCGAUCUCGAUCGAGACGACCAACCUACACACGCGCAUCGCGCUCUGGGUGCUGCUGCGGUGCGGCCAGUCGUUGCGCAACAUCAUGGCUGGCUACACUGCUGCCACGUUCCUCAUCACGCUGCUGCUCAAAAACAGCGCCACGCUGGACAUCAUGGUUCCGGUGGUAGAUGCCACCGUGCACGAGAUACACUACAUCCACAUGAAAGACAUGUACACGCAGCGCUUCGGAAGCGACACCAAGAAGAGGCCAUCCGUCUCCUACAUUGCCAAGGCUCUCAGCUUGGACGAUUUUCACAUGCGGCGUAUAACGACGAGGUUCAUCAAAAUCCGCAAGGUGCUGCUGAUUACGGUCGCCUACACGGCCAGUCUCGGGUCCGUGGGCACUCUCAGCGGCACCAUCACAAACUACGUCACCAAAAUGAUCGUCAUGUCGCGGUUCCCCAAGGUCGACUCGGUCACGUUCCUGUCCUGGAUGACCGCUUUCCUCCCGGUUGCCUUCUUCGAAGUCUUGAUGGCAUUCAUCGUGCUAUACUUCAUGCACAUGCGACGACUUGCGACAGACUUCCGGAAGGAGGCGAUCCACGACGCCUUCCUGGUCAAGUACAGGAGCCUUGGCAAUGUCACCUCCGCGGAGAAGGUCGUCAUGGUCGUACUGGCCGUGGUGUUCUUCCUCUGGUCGACCAGAAAGGCCGUCUUCUUCAAGGGCUGGGCGCACUGGUUGCACAUGAGCGAGGUAGACGACACGUCGGUGGCUUUCAUGGCGGUGGCGGUGCUGUUCGCGGUGCCCAUGUCACGCGACAACCUGGAGAAGCGCAUUCUCUCGUGGAGCGUGGUUAAGCACAAGAUGGCCUGGGGCAUGCUGCUCACCUUCGGCGGAGGGCUCGCCCUCGGAAUAGCCAGCGAAAUCACGCACCUCUCUUCCGAGUUCGUGGUUCUGAUUGAGCACCUGAACAUCCGGACACCGCUGCAAAUGCAGGUCCUCAUCUCGCUGAUCGCCGCGUUGCUCACCGAGUUCACACCCAACGACGCAGCCGCCACCAUGCUGCUGCCGGUCGUCAUGUCCUUGGCCUGCAAACUCAAGCUGAACCCGUUGUACCUGGUGUUCCCGGUGUGCCUGUCGGUGACGCAGGCGUGCAUCUUUCCAGCUUCCUCCUCGGUCAUCGCCAUCAUUUGCGACGAGGGACACGUCAACACUAAGGACUUGCUGAUACCGGGCAUCAUCGUCAAGUUAUUCUGCCAGAUCGUGAACCUUGCCUUCAUCAACACGCUGGGCGAAUACGUCUUCAACCUGAACGCGUUUCCUCAGUGGGCGUACGCCUGCUUCAGCAGUGCGCCGGCCAUCGGCGAUAUCCCUCACUGAUGGGUGCGCGCGCAGCCGAUGCACAAGCGCUGCACCCGCCAGUGGCAAGAAACAACCGGUGCAUCGCGUGUGCGGUCUUUCGUCAGGUUGUCUGCGACAUCUGUGCUUUUUUGUUUCCUCUCUUUACAACGAGACUCGACGUUUCGCAGUUCGCUAACGCGAACCGUGCUCGUCU